UGAAUGCUUCCGGUUGGCGGUUUUGAAAAUAAUUGAAAUCGAAACUACUCUAUUUAUUCAAUUAUUGUACAAUAUAGAGCUGUAUUUAACAUAUAUAGACAAAACCGGCCAAAGUAUGGAGGUUGAUCCAGGGUUUGGUGACCUGCUUCAGCAGGCCCAGCAGUUGACAUCAGACAUGGACAGUGGUGGAGAUCUACCCAGGGUUCAGAGGAACUUACAUCAAAUCGCUGAGACAGGAGAGAGACUAUGGUCUCGAACUGCACAGAUAGGACAAGAUAGCACUGAUGUUAGAGCGUCAAUUCUACUUGGCUCCAAAGGAUUUGACCUGCCCAAGAUAUCCCAGAAGUUAGAAGGUUUAAGUACAGCCAAGACAUUUGAACCACUAGAGCCACUCAGGGAUACAGACAUCAAUGGUUUCCUACGUAAUGAGCGAGAAAAUGCCCUUCUGGCAGCCAUUGAACAGGCCAGGAAAAAUACAUCAGAAGAGACAGAAAAGAGGCACUGGUCUGGCCUGGAAGAAGAAUGGGAGAGAGAGAAGCAGAAAAUCCUCAAUGCUUUAAUAGGUAGUGGCCAAGAUAUAAGAGACUUUACACAGGAAUCAGAGAGCAUACUAUCAGAUAGUAUCAGCAUGCAAGGACGUAGUGCUAUGGACAAUGUUGAGAUGGCCUAUGCUAGACAAGUCUACAUGUAUAAUGAUGCAGUGAUACAGGGUGGUACCAGACCCUCACUGGUUGAUAUGUUCAGUGAAGUGGCAAAUAAACUUGAUGAUCAGAAUGUUAUAGAAAUCUGGCAAAUGGUCCAGCAUAUGGUAGACAUUCCACUGACAGCAUCCUCUAACAUGCUAUCUGCUCGCACAGGGAAGAAGAUGCAGAUUGCUUUAGUGGGUCAAGCCUUGAAAUAUUUAGAAUUAAGUUACAAGAGUUACAUACAGAAGACCAUAUAUGGGAAUCUCCAAAAGGCGCAGUUAGGUGGAAUUCCAGGAUCCUAUCAUCUUGUUAAGAGUUUUCUCAAUAUUAGACUUCCCACAAAUACCCCAGGGCUAGAGGAUGGUCUUGUUGAUGGGACACCUGUAUGGGCGUUUGUGUACUAUUGCAUUAGAUGUGGGGACCUUAAUGCUGCAUUACAAGUUGUAAACAAAGCACAACAACAUCUAGGUGAGUUUCCAAGCUACCUCAAGGAAUACAUGGGCAGUGAUAACAGGAGACUCAGCCACAACAACGAAACAAAGUUACGUCUUCAGUAUCGCAGGUCUAUCAGAAACUGCAGCGAUCCUUACAAAAGGGCUGUAUAUUGCAUAAUUGGAUGUUGCGACCCUAAAGAAGAUCACUCUGAAGUUGCAGAAAAGACUGAUGAUUAUUUAUGGACAAAACUUAACCAGUUGUCAUAUGACGCUGGGAGUAAUGAUACAAACACGCAGCAAGACAGAAUGACACUACAGCAGUUGCAAGUCAUGAUGCUUGAAGAAUAUGGAGAAAGUCAUUUCAAUGCCUACCAGAACCCCUACCUGUAUUUCCAAGUGUUGUUGCUCACUGGGCAACUAGAGGCCGCCAUCGACUUCCUGUCACGUGUUGAGAGAUUGCGUAGUCAUGCCGUCCAUGUUGCCUUGACCUUACAUGAAAUGAAGAUGUUGCUACUGCCAAAUAGCAUUCAGGCUCAACUAUUGUCUAAGGAGAAUGCUGACCCCAGUGGCAUCAGGAGACUAAACUUUUCUAGGCUUAUUAUGAUGUACACAAGGAAGUUUGAGGCCACUGACCCAAGAGAGGCCCUGCAAUACUUUUAUUUUCUCAGGGAUGUGAAAGCACCUCAGGGGGAGAACUUAUUCAUGUCCUGCGUUAGUGAACUUGUCUUAGAGACUAGAGAGUUUGAGAUGUUACUUGGGCGCUUAGAAAGAGAUGGAACAAGGAAACAUGGGGCCAUCGAUAAAUUCCAGGCGGAUACAGGAAAGAUUAUUGAACUGGUUGCCUUGGAUACUGAAAACAAAGGACUUUUUGAGGAUGCAGUUAAACUGUAUGAUCUUGCAAAUAAUCAUGAUAAAGUACUUGAACUUCUGAACAAACUUCUAGUACAAGUCUUGUCUCAGGCACCAAGUCCCCAGUCUAACAAGGACAGACUUAAUCAGAUGGCCAUCUCAAUUGCAGAAAGGUACAGAGCAUUAGGCCACGAGGGAACAGUCUCAAAUACCAGUACAUUCUACCUGCUCUUAGAUCUGAUGACGUUCUUUGAUCUCUACCACACAGGCAAACCAGAUCAGGCCAUAGAUGCCAUGCAGCAUUUGAAGCUUUUGCCAUUCACCAUGGAGGAUGUAGACACCAAAGUUAAUAACUUCAAACACUAUACAGAUGAGGUGCGUAGAAGUCUCCCAGAUGUCUUAUUAGCCACUAUGAAUAUACUGUACACUCAAUACAAACACAUACGAACCAGUGGUGCUCAAGGUCAAAGUUCACUGAUAGGGCGAGGCCUAGUGGCGACAUCUAGUGAUGGUGGCAAAGAAACAUUUAUCAACUACCUGAGGAGCCAGGCCAAAUCUCUCAUUACAUUUGCUGGUAUGUUACCAUACAGAAUGCCUGGGGACACUAAUGCCAGACUGGUUCAAAUAGAGGUCCUUAUGAACUAGACAAUGUACAUUGCCUGUAUAUGUACAUAUUAUAUCACUGUUUGGCAGUUUGGUGUAAAGUUCUAAUGAUGGAUACAUGGACAUAUGUCAGAUUUGUUCAAAUAGAGGUCCUCAUUAACAUUAUCAAGGCUUAUGUACAUU